AUGGCCGCCAAGCUCUCAAUUGCGUCCACCCUGCCGCUUCUCGACAGUCCCGCCCAGCUCCCGCGUCUUGGGUUCGGCGUGUACAAGUCCACCGCCGAGACCUGUGUCCGCUCGUGCCUGACGGCCCUCAAGGCUGGCUAUCGCCAUAUAGACACGGCUCAGUUUUACGCAAAUGAAGAACAGGUAGGUCAGGCGGUUAAAGAGUCCGGUAUCCCGCGCUCGGAAAUCUACAUCACUUCCAAGGUCAUGACCGCGUCGUCCGACGUGCCCGCCACGUACGAGAAGAUUGUGGACAGCGUCAGGAAGCUGGACGAUCGGCCCGACGGCUACGUGGAUCUGUUCUUGAUCCACAACGCCUCGAUCUCGGCAGAAGGCAACAAGAUCAUGUGGGCGGCGCUGGAACAGGCCAAGGCCGAGGGAAAAGUCAAGGAUAUUGGCGUUAGCAACGCCGGCAAGCGGCACAUUGAGGCCAUGAAGGACUACGCAAAGGUCUGGCCGCCAGUUGUGAACCAGAUUGAGCUGCACCCGUGGAACCAGCAGCGCGAAGCCGUCAAGUACAGCCAGUCGCAAGGCAUUGUCGUCGAGGCCUACUGCCCCCUCGUCAGAAAUUUGAAGGCCGAUGACAAGACGCUGCUUUCCAUCGCCGAGAAGCACAACAAGACGACCGCGCAGGUCCUAGUCCGCUACUGUCUGCAGAAGGACUGGGUCCCGCUGCCCAAGAGCGACACGCCCAGCAGGAUUGAGGCUAAUGCUGACGUCUUCGGCUUCGAGCUCGACGCUAAGGAUAUGGAGACCUUGGAUAAUUUGGACCAGGGUCCCUGGGGAGCAAUCGUCCAAGCUGUAGAUAACUGA